AUGGCGGACCAUAACGGAGAAAGACAUCUCCUUGAAGAAGAACAACUUCUUCUUCAAAGACGACGACAACCACAAUGGAACUUCACAAUGCAACAAAACAUCCAUCAUAAUUAUGAUAAUAAUAGUUUUUCGACAACCACAGCCACCAAUCAUGGCGGCGCUUCUUUAUCGACACAACCGGAAGCCAACCGAUCAUUCGACGUCAAUAAAGAACUCGCCGAUGCAUUCGCACGGUGCCUGUGGGUCGACAGCCACCGGAAUGGCUCCGGCGCCAUCACCGUUCCAGGAAGUUCAAGAGGACAGGAUAGGAUCAACACCCCCUUCUAUGGUCGCCUACCUACGAUCUCUAAUCAUUUUAAUCAAUCUUUACGCGAGGAUACGGUGGUCAUGCGUCCAAAUAACAACCCUUGUUCGUUAACUAGAAUUAACCAAGUACUCGACAGACUAAAAGAUUAUUGGUCAUGGGAACAUUAUAUCGAAUUAAGCCCCCACUUCCACAAAAUUGUGGAAGGGAGGGAUCGUCAAAAGAAAGAUAAACUGAUUUUCUUCUUUGUGGGAUAUUACCAUAAUUUGAUGAUGGAGAAGUCCCCGGAUCCUCUGUUUCCAAAGAUCCUCGAUGCGUGCAACAAUGUCCAGCUACUUGUAGUUGUCAAUGACAUCUUGUUGGAUGAAAGGUUCUUCACUUCAGCAAUGUCCAACCAUUGCAAGCAAGGAUUUGAAAGCCUCAUCCGCAGGAUAAAAAAGACGCAGCAUGCAUACAGGAUGACAAUGUCUUUAUCGGAUAGAUUCUGGGAUCUAGUUACUCAUCCCAACUCCCUGCGUGUAGUUGAACUCUGCCUGAUUCGUCUCGGCACUGGGCCUAAUGAGGUACUUUCUAUGGCUACUAUAUGUUUCAACUAUUGCAAUUUCAUAACUAAUGCACAUGGAUUCAUAUGUGGACAUCAAAGAUCGAGGCUUCUCACUUGUCUUGCACAAGCAUCAGCUUAUCUAUCUCGAGAUCCCUACGGAUGGCCUUUUCACUACAGGAACUAUGUUGUGCAGAAGGUUCUGGAUCUUAAAGAUGAUGCGGCUACGAAUUCAGUACUGAACUGCCUUCAGGGUCAGUUUGUGCAUCUAGCACAGCUGAAAGAAGCCAGCAAUGUUGUUGAGAAAUGCAUUGAAGCUUCCACAACUGGAAUGAUCAAUGUAGUCUCGGAGAUACUACAGGAUUCUAAGACACCUAUCCUACUUGCUAUGCAUCAAUAUGGAAACUAUGUCAUCCAGAAGGCAUUGAAGAAUAACACUCGGGUAAUUAAAAUUCUGUUGUCUACUCAAUACUCAUGCCUAAUGGAAAAGCAUCAGAAUUAAAUUUACUGCAGUUUUUUAAGGUGAUCACACUUAUGACAUUGACUGGACUGUUUCUUUCUCUCUUCCUGCAGGAACAAGAGAACUGUGAGCAACUGUGCGAUCAUCUUGUUAAACAUCUCUGGCCCUAUCAAAAGGAAAUGGAAAAAGACCGAUGUGGAAUUUCUGUGUUGCGUUGUAUCAAGAAAUUCAAACGGCAAUAUACUCGGGAAACCAAU